CAGCAGUGAAUACAAGCAUUAGUUUGACAUUUGUUUACUUCAGUUAAUCAUUGAAUUGAUCUAAAGAUGAAUCUUAACUUCUUGAGGAGACAAUUAUCUCUAAACCCAUUGAAAUGCGCACUGCAGAGGUCGCAGGCAUUGACCGGCCGUUUGGUGACACCAAUGGGUUCUUCAUGUGGUGACAGUCGACGCGCGAAACACACGCUUCCGGAUCUGCCCUACGAUUACAAUGCGUUGGAACCGGUCAUCAGCGCAGAGAUAAUGCAAUUGCAUCACCAGAAGCACCACAUGGCUUAUGUCAACAACUUGAACAUCGCUGAAGACAAACUGCACGCAGCCAUCACUGCCAAUGACAUCACAGCACAGGUAGCGUUGGAACCGAUGCUGCGGUUCAAUGGCGGCGGACAUAUAAAUCACACGAUAUUCUGGCAAAACCUUUCGCCCAAAGGCGGCGGCGAACCGGAGGGCGAUCUCCUCAACGAAAUCAAGGAGUCGUUCCAAUCCUUC